AUGUGUGCAGACGCCUGGCGGAGAGCACCCCCCGACCUGGUGCUGGACCUGCCGGCGCGCGCCGAGGUCCCCGCCGCCCCCGCCGACAGCGCCGACACGUUCGCGCACAACCGCGACACGCUCAAGAAGCGGCCCGCGCGGAGAGCGUCGCGCUCCGAGGGGCAGGACGCGCGGCCCGACGCGCCGCCCCCCGCGCCGCGCGCCGACGGCUCGCCCGUGCCGGCGCGCAACACGGCGCGCGUGGCCGCCAAGUUCGCCGACCUCACGCUCACGGGCGGCUCGCUCAAGCCCGCGCUGGCCGCCAAGCCGGCGCUGCUGCGGCGGCCCACGCCGCACCCGCACGCGCCCCGGCCGCCGCCCGCGCCUGUCGAGGCCACGGCCGCCGCCCCUGUCGCCCUGCCCGCACCCGCCGACGCGUCCGUCCAGCCCCGCGACGAAGAGCCGGCCCGCUAA